AUGUUCCCGCGGCCGAUCACUUCCAUCCAUGGCCGUAGCCACAUUGCCACAGUAGCUACAGGAGCUGGGGCUGCAGCGCCAACUUGUGUCAGCACCACUUUUUCAUGCGACCAACCGAUUUGCCCCUCUGGACUGGAAGGUGGCAUCGGCGUGGCUACCGCAGGUUCACGACCUACCUUGCCCGCAAAUAGUGCUACCGCAGCCACGAAUCAACAGCUCUCGAUGCGAACAGUACCUCCCGCUUCUGCUGCCGGUCUUUCCGUACAUAACUCGGCACUAUCUAAUCUGACAGUGACAGCGUCGCACUCAUCUGAGCCUCAUUCGCGGCCAGCUCCAACAACACAGAAAUCCAGUCUUGGCUGUCCGUCACCUCGCCAGCAAAACUUCUCUGAGGCUUCGAGUGCUGCGUCAGAUUGA